UGGCGUUGUUGUAAGCAACAAAUAUGGCGCUCACUUUGACUGAAAAUCUUAUUCGAAAUCGUGUAAAUUUAACUCAUGAAAAUCUUGAGGAUAUUAAGUCAUUAUCACUCCCUGGAACAUUCCAUGAAAAGAUUGUGUCUAUAGGAACAUCCCUAAGAAAAUUUUCUCGCCUAAAGUCCAUCGACUUCUCAAGAAAUGCACUUGAAUCUUUGCAGGGCUUGGAACAUUUACAAUUGCUGGAAAAUUUGAAUCUAUAUUACAAUAAUGUGAGCACUUUAGAUGAAUUAAGACGCUUAAAACACAAUCAAAACUUGAAGGAAAUUGAUCUGAGGCUCAACCCUGUGACCAGAAAUGAACCUGACUACAGACUUUAUCUUAUUCACAUGUUACCUAAUCUACAGAAACUUGAUGACAGAGGAGUUAGAGAUCGUGAGCGUCAGGCAGCUUUGACACAUUUCAGCACUAGUCAAGCUUCCGAAAUGGUUACAGAGCCAGUAAAACAAAUGACAGUGACUAAACUCUUACCAAGGUCAGAAAUGAUGGUCAAGUUAAUGAAGGGACCCUCAGUUCUUGUUGAUGACGAUGUAAUUGAUGUCAUGAAUCGAAACGAGGGGGACUUCAGGAAACCUCGACCACUGACAGGAUCAGCGAAUAAAGAUGACAUAGUUGAAGAUUAUUCUCUUGAAGGUUUAAAAACUCUGGAUCCACCUAAACCAAAUAGAUUCAAAGACAGAGCCAUGGGUGAUGUAGAGCUUGAAAAAGUUGCUAACCAUGAGACAGAAAAUGUGGAUCCUCGUUUAAUUAGGUAUAAGGAGCUAUAUCCAAACAUUCUGGCCUCUUCUUCAGAUAAUGUUCAUCGUAUAAUUGAAGGACAAAGAAAAGACCCAAAUCUUAUGUUUACUGAUCAAGAGGAAGCUAAUGGUAAAUUUCGCAGUCAGGGCUAUUUUACACCACAUCCAGCCAGUAAACAUGAGGAUUUGCAUGCACCACCCAAUGACAGGACAGAAUACCAACAGUGUUUUAUGGUCCCAGGUGAAAGGAAAUCCAGAGUGGAUGGCAUUUCUCAAGACGACAAUAUCAGAAAAAACAGACCAAGACAUAUUAGGACUCAAAGCUUACCAGCAGCCGAGCGCCUCGUCGAUGCCGACCAAGCUAAAGAGAAAAAUCUUCUCUUUUCAAUGCUCAACCUAGUUGACAGAUACUGGAAUGGAACAAAGUCACUGCACAAAAAUCCAAAGUUUAUUGAACAAGCUCUAAAAUUUAUAUCAGAAUAUACAAUGACACAAGGAAACAUAAAUGAUAAAAUGAGCGCCUUAAAACAGACAAUGGAGUCAUUGAAAGAGGAGAAUAAAGUUUUAAAAAGGCAGAAAGAAAUAGGACAGACAGAAAGUGAGGCAGAGUUGAAAAUUUCUUUGAGGAAAGCUAAAGAGGAUAUGGAAAGAUUGCAUGAUGAGGUUCGUCACUAUGUCACUGAAAACAGGGAUCUACAGAAGAGAUUGCAAGCUUACGAGUCAACUGUGGAUCCUUCCCAUUAUAACAGUGCUGCAGCUGCAUCAGACAGCGGCUCAAUUAGCCAAACAAUGAUUGAUAAUUUACAACGCCAAAACAGUUUGUUGUCUAAUGAGAUAGAAAUGAUGAAAUCCAAAUUAAAGCAGUAUUAUCAGUUACAAGACUUAGCCAGUAUGUUACAAGAAAGCCAUAAAUCGCUAAUAGAAACUAAUAACCACCUGCUCUGUGAGUUACAUGAUGAGAAACAAAAGCAUCAACUUGAAAUUGAACAAAUGCAUUGGAGCUAUGAACAGCUAAAGACCAACCUUAGUCACAACUCAUUUAUAAUCCAGCCCAGUCCAAGAAAUGACCACGGUAACAACUAUGCAACUUCUGGAAAAAGUAAUCAAAACAAAGAAAAAGAAAGCAGUGUUAUUCUGUGACCAAGAUGAUAAUUUAAAAGUGCCUUUAACUUUUACUAAGCAAAAUAAUAGAAAUUUAUUUUUGUCAUUCUUGUUUUGUAUUAAUUCAAAGGUAAUAAUUCAUGGUAUGCUGAAAACAUACAUGGUCUAUGUGAAAUGGGGCAUAUGUGUAUAGUUGUCUAUAUAUAUAUAUUUAUAUAUUUAUAUAAUUAAAAUAUAAAAACUAUUUUUCUUUUGAAAAGCUAUCUGCACUAACAAAUACUAUAAAUCUAGUGUGUAUAGAAAAGAUUUAUACCCAAUUUUUGUUGUCUAAAAAAAGAAACAUGGAGCCUAAGUUUUCCAUAUGUAGCUUUUUUAAACUGUAAAUAAUAUUUCUUACCUAUAGAUCUAGAAUUAGAAUAGAAUUUCUAGUCUUCCCGUAUUUAGUUAUUAGGGUAUUUUACUUUUGUAUUAUAUACAAAUAUAUUAUUAGUGUUUAUGAUAGCAGGUUAUAUUUUAUAAAUCAUUAACUUGCUAAUUUAAAGAAUUAAAAAACUUACCUCAGAG